UUGGAAAAGGAACAGCACCACAGCACUAGUGUUUGGGCCAAACGUGUUUUUUUGUUUUUUUUAAUCGCCAAAGUACAGACGCGAGAGGGAGUAUGUACAGUAAGGAGUAACAAUGGCGUGUGUUGCGGAGUCAGGUGGGAGACGAGCACAGGACAUGAGACCAGUUGAAGAUGGAAUCGCUAGAUCAGAGGAGAGUGAGGAGGGAAAGGGCUGGGAUGACCCCUGCGGAAUUCCAGAGCUGAGACUGGUGCUGAUCGGCAAGACGGGCACUGGGAAGAGCGCCUCUGGCAACACCAUCCUGGGCCGCACGCACUUCGUGUCGCAGCUGAGCGCUAGCUCCGUGACGCGCGUGUGUGAGCAGGCGAGUGUGGAGAGGCCGGGGGCAGAGGGGGGGAAGAGGCUGACGGUGGUGGACAUGCCCGGAUUCGGAGACACCCGUUUGGGCGUGGAACAGAUCCGGGCGGAAAUCGCUCGGUGCGUGGUGCUGACUGCCCCAGGGCCCCACGCCUUCCUCUUAGUCGUCCAACUGGGCCGGUUCACGGAGUAUGAAGCCAGGGUAGCUGGGGAGAUGGCCCAGAUUUUCGGGGAGGGGGCGCUGCUCAAUCACACCUUGGUCCUUUUCACCAGAGGGGACGAGCUGGAGGGGAGAGGCAUUGAGGAGUACCUGGGGCCCACCGCCCCAGAGGAGCUGAGGUCCCUGCUCGACAGGUGCGGCGGAAGGUAUCACGUCCUCAACAACAGAGCCCCUGCUGACCGCGAGCAGGUCCAGGGGCUGCUGGAGAAGGUGGAGGGAAUGCUGGAGGUCCGCGGGGGUGCAUUCUACACCUGCGACAUGUUCCGAGAGGCUGAAGAAGCCAUCAGGGACGAGCAGGAGAGGAUCAUGACGGAGAGAGGCGCGGGUGAGGGUGAGGAAGAGGAAGAGGAGGAAGCAGGAGCGGCAGCAGAAGCGAAUCUGUCCAAGCGGAGGAAGUGUGAUCUCGAAGACGCGGGCGGGGAGAUCGGGGGAGCGCAGUGGCGGGCAGGAGUGCGGAAGCGAGACCUGGAGGGCCGGCGGGAUGUCCCGGGGCCUGAUGAGGAGAGGGGUGAUCCCCGGAGCUCCCUGAGGGCCCGGGGCCUGGACUGGGGGGAGCGCUGGAGGAGGAGGAGAGGGGGAGAUGGGAGGGUGGUGAGCAGGAGGCAGGCCUUCCGCUCGGCCCUCGGAAGGUUCCGGAGAGAGGCAGUCCUCUCUGAGAAAGUUCUGGCCAAAGUGAAAAUUCUGGUGGCCGCGGGGGCAACCGGGAUGGCCCUGGGGGCUGUUUUUGGGGCGGCCGCGCCCCUGGCUGCAGCAGCCGGGGCGUCUGUGGUGGGCAACGCACUGGGGCUGGCGGCGGGGCAGCUCGCAGGGGCGUCUGUGGCAGGGGGAGUGGGGGUGGGUAAGGCAGUGGGGGCAAUUGUGGCGGCGGCAGCAGGGAAGACCGCGGUGGCCCUGGGGGCGGCGACCGGUGGGGUGCUGGGAGGCUCGGUGGGUGCGCUAGCAGGGGCAGAGGCUGACAGCCCAGCACAGGCAGCUGUGGAGGCGCUGGGACAGGUUGGUCUGAUUGGGGCGACUGCAGUGGGAGUGGCGGCUGGGGUGGGGGGCGCGAUGGGUGCGGGUGUGGUCCUCGGGGCCGUGCUGGAGGGCACAGCUGCGGGCACAGCAGCUCUAGCCGGGGGAGAAGGCCUGGCCGGGCCUCUGGCGGUAGCGGCCCCCCAGGCAGUGGCCACCGGGGGCAGUGUUUCAGGGGCGCUCCAGACCGCGGGUGCAGCUGUAGCAGACGGGGCGGUAACUCAGACUGCCCUGGCGACCAGCGGAGGCGUGGCGGGGGCCCUGGAGACCGCGGGGGCCACUGCGCGGAUAAUGACGGCGGUGGCGGAGAUCGGCAGGGCAGCCGCCGGGAUCGCGCUGGCAGGGGGCCUGGUGGUGAAGGUGGUGAAAGAGAAAAUCCGGAGUGGAUCCUCUGACUCGGGCUACACGGAGAGGCGGUCUUAUGAGAUCUACUGGAACAAGUAG